AUGGAUCGCGAGAAGCAUGCUCGCAAGCUGCAGGCACAGCAGGCUCCCACACCAGGCCAGGAAGUCUAUCGCAAACGCCCGAGAUCAGCACACCUGCAGCAAGUCAAGAGUCAGCUGUACUUGCCGCCAAGUAUUUCCGUGACGAACUUCUCAAAGCUUCUCAAUGUACGAUUGGUUGAGCUACAACAAAAGAUGGAGGAAGCUGGCUUCGUCCACACUGCCCCUGAUUACACAUUGACUGCCGAAGAUGCAUCAUUGAUUGCAGGCGAAUUCAACUUUGAUGCAGUUGUGGAUGAUACCAAUGCCUUUGAUCUCUAUGCACGGCCACUCCCUGCUGACAUGUCUGCUCUGCCGCUUCGUGCCCCACUCAUCACAAUCAUGGGCCACGUCGACCAUGGCAAAACCACUCUGCUAGAUACCUUAAGAAAAUCAUCUGUGGCGGCAAAAGAGGCAGGUGGCAUUACGCAGCACAUUGGAGCAUUUUCCGUCAAGCUACCAGGCGGAGACAAGCAAAUCACCUUUCUUGAUACCCCUGGUCAUGCUGCCUUUGAGUCUAUGCGUCAACGCGGAGCCAGUGUCACGGAUAUCGUUGUGCUCGUCGUUGCGGCGGACGAUUCAGUCAUGCCACAAACGAAAGAAGCCAUCAAGCAUGCGCAUAGCGCAGGCGUUGCAAUGAUUGUCGCCGUCAACAAAAUAGACAAACCCGAUGCGAAUGCAGAAAAAGUCAAACGCGACCUUCUAGCUCAUGGCGUCGAGGUGGAAGACUUUGGUGGGGAAGUACAGGCUGUUGCAGUCUCUGGCUUGACGGGCAAAGGUCUCGAUGACUUGGAAUCGGCCAUCGUUUCGCAGGCAGAAAUCAUGGAUAUUCGAGCAGACCCACAGGGAACGCCUGAAGGCUGGGUCAUUGAGUCUAGUGUCAAACGAGGUCGUGGCGCUGUUGCUUCCCUGAUUGUUCGUUGUGGUACCCUCAAGCAAGGUUCUCUCAUUGUGGCAGGGUCGACCUGGUGUCGUGUACGCGCCAUGAGCGAUGAAGCAGGUACGCAACUCAAGGAAGCCUUGCCUGGUACUCCUGUCGAAGUGACUGGUUGGUCGACAUUACCAGCCGCAGGUGAUGAAGUUCUGGGGGCGUCAAGCGAGAAGGAGGCCAAGCAAGUUGUGGCAAAUCGCUUGCUUAGACAAGAGCAGCUACAGCAACUCAAGGAUAUCGAGGCCAUCAACGAAAAGCGAUUGAAAGAACGUGAGGAAGCUUUGAAAGCCGCACAAGCCGAGUCUGCAAACAAUGAAUCCACGCCACCUACAGAAACCGCUACGGAUAGCAAGAAAUCGCGCAUCGAAGUGCCACUCAUCAUCAAGGCUGAUGUGUCCGGCUCUGUAGAAGCCAUCUAUGAUUCAAUUGCUUUCAUUGGCAACGAUGAAGUGGCAACCAAAAUUGUCGAUAAGCAAGUCGGCGAAGUGUCGGAGUCUGAUAUUUUGCGCGCUGCGGCCUCUGGAGGCAAAAUAGUGGCCUUCAAUGUAGCGGUUGACAGGAAGACUGAGGCUCUCGCAGCUCGACAAGGCGUUGAGAUCCUAAAAGAGCGUGUCAUUUACAGACUCAUUGAUGCUGUUCGAGACAAGUUGGCUGAGCACUUGAAACCAAUCGAACAGCAGCGCGUUGUGGGUGAAGCUGAGGUGCUCAAACUAUUCCAGAUCACGACAAAGGGACGGGAAACCACAACUGUUGCUGGUUGUCGCAUUACGAACGGAACGCUCGAAAAGGCACGCAAAUUUAGAAUCUUGCGCAAGAAGGCUACUAUCUGGGAAGGUCAGCUCAAGAUGCUGAAGCACGUCAAGCAGGAAGUCGCCACGCUCGGCAAAGGCAACGAAUGUGGUUUACAAUUCGAGGCGUUUGAAGCACUCGAGGCUGGCGAUGCUAUUCAGUGCUACUCUGUUGAUUUCAUCAAGCGUACGUUGUAG